GACAUGUCAACAGUGUUCGGCACCCAACCUGUUCAACCUACGCCAGGCGGUCUAUUCGGAGGCGCUAAUAACAACACUGGAGGUGGUCUGUUCGGUGGCACGCAGACUAACCAGCAGACCGGGCCCCAACCUGCCGCAGGUGGCUUUGGUUUAUUCGGACAGGCAGCGAGGCCUACAGCCGCGGCGCCAACUUCAGGUGGUGGUAUGUUUUUUGGCCAGCAGCCUACGGCGAACACGGCGCAGGUGCCGCAGCAGCAGACUGGCCUUUUUGGCACAACGCCUGGCCAAAACAUCAUGCAACCCGUGAACGGCGGAUUCAAUCUUUUCGGCAAGGCCCCUGCCACUACACAGCCUACUCAGCUCAACGCAGGCGGGUUCGGCGGUUCUAUGUUCGGCAACACAUUGGGCACUUCCGGCGCUCCCACUGGCCAGCCGGCCGCGCAACAGCCGCAGCUGACUGCCUCGAUUGCGCAGCCGAUCGGUGCCAACCUCCCGAUAUUCAGCAUGCUCCCGCCAGGUCCUCGUGCGAUCACUCUUGAUCAGCCGCGGAAGAAAUCCAACAUUUUCCUCGAGGUACCAACACGGACUCCUGUGCCUAGAAUCCAGCUUGGUUACACCCCGGCGACGUCGAAGCUUCGCGGGUAUACGUCCACCAACCAGGCACAGGGCUUUGGCGCUAGUAUGUCUCUGACAAAUGGCAAGCCGGGUGCACUUGCUCUUAGCCAGAAGAGCCUUCUCGGCCCCGACGCGGUCCUUAGCGGGACUGGUUCAUCUCCCGGCCUCGGUAGGGCAACAAGGCAGAGCGUCAAGAAACUCAUCCUGGACAAGAAGGUGGAGCCUGCCGAUUUGAUGAAGAGUGGCGCGUCGAAAUCCCUGUUCAACCCGGCCCUCAGCAUUGCAGCGAGGGAAUACGAGGCUGCCAUGGCACAGCGCACCCCUGAGACUCCGACGCCGGCGUCGAAGGCCCUCGCCAAGCCCACGACGAACAAGUUCUCCGCGCAAUCAACCAGCGAGUCCAUCAAGGAGGCCGAGAGGGCACCCGAGCUCAGCGAGCUCAAGGAGGGCGACUAUUAUGUCAAGCCGUCGCUUUCCGAGCUGAAGAAGUACUCGUUCGGCGAGCUCUCUGCCGUGAAGAGCCUCGUCGUGGGGCGUGUUGGCUACGGCGAAAUCGAGUUCCUUGAGCCGGUCGACCUGACCGGCCUCCGGCGCACGACGGAACUCCUGGGCGAUAUCGUGCGCUUCGACGACAAGGAGUGCAGCGUGUACCCAGAUCUCGACGACGCGGACAAGCCGCCGCCCGGCUCGGGCCUCAAUGUGCGCGCGCGCAUCAUGCUCGUGCAUUGCUGGGCCCUUGACAAAGCGACGCGCGAGCCGAUCAAGGACGAGAAGCACCCGCACGCGGCACGACAUCUCAAGCGGCUCAAGAACAUGAAGAACACGACCUUCGAGAGCUUCGAUAUCGAAGAGGGCAAGUGGGUCUUCGCCGUCGAGCAUUUCUGAUCUCUUGUUGGAUCUUUUUUUCUUGUUCGUAACUAGCGACUCGAUCCUGUUUCGUCCGCCUACAUGUAGUUCCUAGUGCCAUCUCACUGUUGCAAUAUAUAUAUAUACUUUACAUCUUUCGA